UUCCACGUCUGCUGUGCCAUAGCAACCGCCAACCCGCAUUUUAACUAACGGACUGCUGGUUAAAGAUUUACUGCUCUAAUUUUCUUUGAGGCAGCAGAGGCGGAGUUUAUUGCGUCAAACAGGUGAAUCAUAUACAACUUUAAACACGGAAGGAAAUAAAACAUAACAAACGACAGCUACUGGUAUAUUUUUAUUUUUUUUUUAAUUAAGCAAAGCAGUACCAUGGGACAGAGAAACACCCAGGAAGACUUUGAGAGUCAGUUCAAUGAUGUGAUUUCCAGACUGGAGUCCAAACAGUUUUUCCAGUCUGAAUGGGACAUUGGCUUUGCCGUCGUCUUCUUAGUCUUCAUUGGUUUGAUUGUGCUACUUGUCCUUCUGGUCCUCAUCCGUUGCUGUUGCUGCUGUUGCUGCGAUGAGAAGCCUAAACGUCGUAAGGUUGGCAUAGAGAACACAUGUUUGGAACCAUGACAGCUGAACGAACAACUCAACCUUGAGUUUGCAUCAACUCCUGCACUUAACAUUUCAAAAUAGGAUUUUACUUUGUUUCAACGCCCACCUUUUUUGUUCUUGUGAUUUUCUACCCGAUUAUUGUACUUGCUGUGGUUUAGUCCCACUAUAAGUGUACAGUUAGCUAUGAUUGCACUUUAUAUGAAUGUCUUCAAUAACAUGUAAUCGAUUCCCUUUGUCUUAAACUAUGUUUAAUAAAAUCUAAGGGUGAUAAAUGUUG